UUUAAACUUAUCUGUGAUAAUUUUUUCAGAAAAAAAUGCGAUUGACGUGUUUUAACCUUGCGCGUCGGGGGUUUAGAGACCCGGCUGUAAUACAUAGUGGUCUAGGUAAAUAUACAACCGAUUACAGUAAUCUACCGGAGAGAUAUAUAACUAGAAAAAUUACGAAAAUUAAAUAUAAAGCACCAGAGGGUCCUGAGUUUAUACCUAAGAUGAAAGCCUGGAAGAUCCAGCAUCAUGGGUUGGAGAGACCUUGGUCUAGUUCCUACUGGGCGGAGCACCCUCCGUUCCAGUACAAGGAUACAGCUAUAGUAGAACCUAUCCUGGAGAGGGACUGGAUGUGGUUCAGGGGAGACAGGGUGGAAAUAUUAACGGGGCCAGAUAAAGGAAAACAGGGUUAUAUAAACAUGGUAGUACAAGAGCGUAACUGGGUUACAGUCGAAGGAUUAAACACUAAAUAUGUUACUAUGGGAGAGUCCCAGGAUUUCCCUGGUAUGAUGAUAAAGCAGGAGAAACCCCUGCUAGUCACCCGGGAUAUAAAGUUGGUGGAUCCAACGGAUGAGAAACCUGCCGAGGUUGAGUGGAUGUACACAGAGGCCAGUGAACGAGUUCGUGUCUCGGCCAGGUCUGGUUCUAUUAUCCCUAUGCCUGGGAAAGCGGAAGAAACAAUAGAUUACAAAUCUAAGUCUGGAUACGUUCUUAAUAAGAGUAAAGAUACUGCUCCAGCAGCAGUUGAAGAGAUCACAUACGAACCUAAGCUAGGAACAUUUGAGAUGGAUAUUAUGGAGAGUUUAGGAAUACAAGAGAACAGAAUACCUAAGAAAUCAUAUUGGUACUAAAUCAAAUAUGUGUUAUUUGUAUCUAUUUAAUAAAUUUAGAAUCAAUAA